AUGGCUGAUGUCGAAAUGAAAGAUGCCGCUCCCGGUGCCUCAGGGAAAUCAAAGGCGGUUACAAAGGGGAAAUCCGCCAUUGGCGAAGGCAAGGGAGAUUCGAAAAAGCGGUUCGAAGUGAAGAAAUGGAACGCCGUCGCUCUGUGGGCAUGGGAUAUCGUCGUAGAUAACUGUGCCAUUUGCAGAAACCAUAUCAUGGACCUUUGCAUCGAAUGCCAGGCAAACCAAGGGUCAUCCACAACAGAGGAAUGCACUGCUGCUUGGGGAAUUUGCAAUAGUGGAACACGAUCAUCUAUGUAUAGCACGCAUUCCAUUUCCACUGCAUUUCGAGAUGGCUGA